GCACAUAUGGCCUCACUGCGCAGACUCAGCUCUGUUUAUUUGGUCCUCAAACAGCUAGCAGGAAGCUCCGUUAAGGAAUUGACCAGAAAAAGGUGUAAUGGCCUGGUGAUGUGUUCGUGUCCCUGACCCGAGGAGUGAAGAGACACCCAGGACACUGUGUCAAGAGCAGUGCCCAGCCAUGACCGAGUGCUUCCUGCCCCCCAGUAGCAGCCCAGCGGAGGUUCGUCGGGCGGAGCACCCGGGAGGGGUGGCUCGUACCCCCAGCUCGGAGGAGAUCAGCCCCACCAAGUUCCCCGGACUGUACAGGACGGGCGAGCCCUCGCCCCCCCACGACGGACACCACCACCAUGAGGUCAUCGAUGCCGUGUCGGAUGAUGAUAAAGAACACGGGAAGAAGAAGAACAAGUUCAAGAAGAAGGAGAAGAGGACGGAGGGAUACGCAGCCUUCCAGGAGGACAGCUCGGCGGACGAGGCAGAGAGCCCCUCCAAGAUGAAACGGCCAAAGGGAAUUCACGUGUUUAAGAAACCCAGCUUCUCCAAGAAGAAAGACUUCAAGGUGAAGGAGAAGUGUCCCAAGGAGGACAAGAAAGACAAGAAGUCUAAAGACCUGACUGCAGCAGACGUGGUAAAACAGUGGAAGGAGAAGAAGAAGAAGAAGAAGCCCGCGGCCGAGCCGGAGCCCGUCCCCGUGGAGAUGCCUACAUUCAGACCCAUCUUCGGUGCUCCCCUGGCUGAGGCAGUGAAGAGAACAGCCCUGUACGAUGGGAUCCAGCUCCCUGCAGUCUUCAGAGAGUGUAUCGACUACAUCGAGAGCUACGGAAUGAGGUGUGAAGGAAUCUACCGUGUGUCAGGUAUGAAGUCUAAAGUGGAUGAGCUGAAGGCAUCGUAUGACCGCGAGGAGUGUCCAUGCUUGGAAGAGUAUGACCCUCACACCGUAGCUAGCCUGUUGAAGCAGUACCUCCGAGAACUUCCUGAGAACAUUCUGGGGCGAGACCUGGCUCAACGCUUUGAGGACGCCUGCAGUAGACCGGCUGAGACUGAGAAGGUGACAGAGUUCCAGCGUCUGUUAACGGAGGUGCCCCCCGGCAGCCGUCUGCUCCUGUCCUGGCUGGUCACUCACAUGGACCAUGUUAUCACAAGAGAGACCGACACCAAGAUGAAUAUCCAGAAUAUAUCCAUCGUACUCAACCCCACUGUACAGAUUGGUAACAGGGUCCUGUACAUGUUCUUCACCCACGUGAGAGAGCUGUUUGGGGACGUGUUUCUGAGGCCCGUAUCCCGUCCGCUCCGCUGGUCCAAUGCUGCCACCAUGCCGGCCCUGCCAGAGACACAGGACAGCAUCAAGGAGGAGAUACGACGACAGGAGUUCCUGCUGAACUGCCUUCACAGAGACCUCCAGGCUGGGGUGAAGGAUCUGUCUAAAGAAGAGAGGCUCUGGGAGGUCCAACGAAUCCUCACCGCUUUAAAGCGCAAACUACGGGAGGCGAAGAGACAGGCAAGG